UGUGGUGCCUGUGGUGUGUGUGUGGUGCUAAUUGCUAAUUUGUCAUGUGAAAGGGACACGAUCAGAUCGGUAUGAGGGCUUGGCUUUGCGCGUGGCAUGGCUAUGCCCGAAGUUGGACACGCCCCUGGCGGUCACCUUGGCCUUUCCCCUGGGUAUGCCCCCCAUUAACGAGUCACAGUCAUCUCAUUCGUCAAUCUGUCAGAAGGCAGACGAGUAGCGGUAUUUUCGGCUUGAAGCCCUGCUGGAUAUCGCUGGGCAUCGCCAGUUUGACCCUGUACGAUAUCAGCCAUGAGACAGAUCAUAUUCCCCGUUAUCUCAAGGCCAUCAAGACCGGUGAUUUGGCCCAAUUUCAAAGUCAUCUCCGUCAACGACGAAUCGAUCCCAAUGCUCGCCAUCCUUUAGGUUGGACGGCUUUACACGUGGCAGCGGUUAACGGGCGAGCCCCCAUGAUACGGGAUUUGUUAACCGCCGGAGCCGAUCCCAAUUUAGGGGACGAAUAUGUCAAUAUUUAUCAUACUGCACGGGAGAAAGGCGUCCAUUCGAUUGACGUGAUGGUAGCGCGGGAGGAAGAAUUUUCGUCUCGUUUAAAUUUACGGGCCAACUUCCGGGGUUGCACGGCUUUACAUUAUGCGUGCUUAGCCGAUGACCUCGAGUCGGCCCAGAUACUUUUGGGUGGGGGAGCGGAUCCGCUGAAGACCAAUGAUUAUGGGCGCACUCCGUUGGAUUACGCUCAAGACCCCCAAAUGAAGGCGCUUUUACGCCAACACGCUGUCGAGUAUGAAGCUCAACGCAAGCGGGUUGAGAUGGAAGAGCGAAAGAAAUACCCUCUAGAGAAACGCCUACAGGAAGUGAUUGUGGGACAAGAGGGUCCGAUCACUACGGUGGCCUCGGCUAUUCGUCGCAAAGAAAAUGGUUGGAUUGACGAGGAACAUCCUUUGGUGUUUUUGUUCUUGGGCUCUUCGGGUAUUGGCAAGACGGAAUUAGCCAAGCAAAUAGCCAAGUAUUUACACAAGAACGAUAAAAAGGCGUUUAUCCGUCUCGAUAUGUCGGAAUACCAAGAGAAGCACGAAGUCGCCAAAUUGAUCGGCUCCCCUCCCGGUUACAUUGGUCAUGAUGAGGGUGGUCAGCUCACCAAGAAACUCAAAGAAUGUCCCAAUGCUGUGGUCUUGUUCGAUGAGGUGGACAAGGCCCAUCCGGAUGUCCUCACCGUCUUGCUUCAAUUAUUUGAUGAGGGUCGUCUCACCGAUGGGCGAGGCAAGACCAUCGAGUGCAAAAAUGCCAUCUUCGUCAUGACCUCCAACUUGGCUAGCACGGAAAUUGCGGAACACGCCCUACAACUGAGACGAGAGGCCGAUGAGAUUCUGCGGGAACGAGCCAAGGGCAACUUACUCGAUGAUGCCCAACUUCAAAGUAAGAUCGCCAUAUCUCGGCACUUCAAGGAGAAAGUGGUUCAACCCAUUUUGAAGUUCCAUUUCGGGCGAGACGAAUUCCUGGGCCGAAUCAACGAAAUCAUUUACUUCUUGCCCUUCUCAAGACCGGAACUUUCUCGGUUAGUGGAGCGAGAACUCGAGUUUUGGUCUCAAAAGGCUCGUGAGAAGCAUAAUAUCGAGCUGACUUGGGACCGACAAGUGUUGAACUUUUUGACCGACGGCUACAAUGUGUAUUAUGGAGCUCGGUCUAUUAAGCAUGAGGUCGAGAGAAGGGUAGUAGCUCAAUUGGCUUUGGCUCAUGAAACCGAUCAAUUGGAAAAGGAUUGUCAAGUCAGACUGUGCGUUGUCAAUUUCGAGGACAACAAUGCUGGCAAUGAAGGUGAGCCCAAGUUGAAAAUGACCAUCAAAAAGCAGGGCAAAUCGGACUUUGUGGACUUGGCAGAGCCAUUUUCAAACACUUCGCCGCUCAAUUGAAUUGAAGAUUAAGAUACUGGUAUUUUUUUUUAUUUAUGCUUAAAACUGUUAUUGCUUGAAAUUGUUUUGGAUUCAACAUACAAACCCCAUCUCGUCUUAGUGUU